AAUAAUUAAUCGUAUACCAAUGUUGUUCUAUUUCAUGCGCGCUGGCGCUGACAGAAAAAAAAACAACACAAGCUACAUUUAAAACCUGAAGGUUGAUAAAAAUGGCGACGGCGAUAUACCUCGAACACUAUCUCGACAGCAUUGAAAAUUUGCCAUGUGAACUACAGAGGAACUUCACCCUGAUGCGGGAGCUGGAUAACAGGACAGAAGAAAAGAAGGGAGAGAUUGAUAAGCUUGCUGAAGAGUACAUCACAAAUGUCCGGAACCUCGCGUCUGAGCAGAGGGUGGAACAUCUGCAGAAGAUUCAGAGCGCCUACAGCAAAUGUAAAGAAUACAGUGAUGACAAAGUGCAGCUUGCCAUGCAGACUUAUGAAAUGGUUGACAAGCACAUCCGAAGGCUGGACGCAGACUUGGCCCGCUUUGAAAAUGAGCUAAAAGAGAAGCUGGAUGUCAGUGGUUAUGAGAGUCCUGAGAGUAGAGCACUAAAAAAAGGAGGUGGCAGAGGGCUUAAGGAUAAGCGAGGAUCCAAAGGCAGAGGAAGAAAAUGCUCAGAUGACGAUUCACCACGAAAGAAAAAAAUGAAAAACAGUCCUGAUUUCCAGGAGUCCCUCUUGCCAGUGCACCCAUCAGACGUCCUGGAUAUGCCAGUGGACCCCAAUGAGCCCACAUACUGUUUGUGCCAUCAAGUGUCAUAUGGAGAAAUGAUUGGAUGUGACAACCCUGAUUGUCCAAUCGAAUGGUUUCACUUCGCAUGUGUGGAUCUCACAACAAAGCCCAAAGGAAAAUGGUUUUGUCCGCGGUGCACCCAGGAUCGGAAGAAAAAAUAAGAUUUCUAACUCUGACUUUUAUACAUAACUGUAUGCAUAUAUAUAUAUAAUAUAUAUAUGUAUGUGUAUUUUGUCUAUGUGGUAAAAUAGGAUAUUAUGUACAGUAUAUAUAUCUCACUUUCUAUAUGACUAUGAUAAAGGAAAAGAGGGUCACAAUGAAACAAAACCUUUAUUUUUUAAUGUACUUGAAAAUGUGUCGUUUUGUUAAUUCAAAAAAAAAAAAAAAAGUUGAAUAUUGUACUGCAAGUAAUCCGGUACCUAUUUUAUUUUUAUUUUCUAUGGAAAGUGAAAGCUUAAAUGUGUAUAUGUACACACUUCUACUGAAUUAGUAACAUAGGAUUUCUUCCUAUAUGAAAUCAAAGCACCAAAUCUUUGCUCUUCAUUUUGCUGAAAUGUUGUUAAUGCACAAAAACAUUCACUGCAAAAGUUAAAGAUUUUAUUUGUAAAUGUCGAAGAUGCCACUUGCAGCUGUCCUGCUGGAUGUUGUACCUUUUAGAGGAAAAAGGUGAUUUCACUUGCGCUCAGAUUUUGACGUGACUACUUCUGUAACUCCAUCCAGAUGAACACCAGCUUAUCUGUGUUAUGUGUGUACUAUCAUCUGCUGCUUUGGCAGAAUCUGACAUUUCCUCCGCCAGGAUUCGGGUCAGCUGCCCUGCCAUGUCGUUUUGUUCAUUAAGAAUACUCUGGCCAUGCGUGUGUCUUAUUCCUCACGGAAAUAAGAGGACCAAAAAGAAAAGAAUCCAUAAAGAAUUUAGUGUUUCAUUUUUAACUGCAAAUGCAAAUCAUCUUUGAUGGGUUAUUUGUGAUGUUUGUAUGUCAAUCAUAAAUUAAUUCCCUGAAUCAAUACCCUUAUGAGAUGCUUUAUUACUUUGUAAAUGAGUGUAAAGUAAAUGAAGCAAAGUGUUUUUUUAUGAUUACAUCCCUACAGUCCUCACGCUGGUCAAAGUGUGAAAAUGGUCUGCAGCAUGGAUUUUAUCUACUUUUAACUGAACUAAAAAUCUAAUUGGAAAAGUUUCUGGUUUAAGUUUAGAUUUAUUAGUUAUUACACCUUUUGUGUAGGGUUUCAGGCACUUCUUUCAUUUCAC